CCUAAAAUAGCCCUCGAACGCUGCUGAGAGGCUUUGACCAGCGCUCGGAGGAGCAACAGAUACACGCUUUCUGUUGUUUUAGCUGUUAUUAUUAGGGUAAAAUGUGAACUAUCCGUUCCCUCCAGACAGUAUGAGCAGUACACCUAUCCAGGAACCCCCUACCCAGGGACUGUCCUCUGGGAGUGGGCAGACCUUACCCUCCCGACCCCUGCAGCUCUCCUCUGACCCUUCAGCUUCUAAAAGAGUAUGUUUCUACAAAAGCGGUGACUAUCAGUUUGGUGGGCAUCGAAUGGUCAUCAAUGCCCGCACCUUUAAGACCUUUGAUGCUCUACUGGAUGUUCUUUCCAAGAAAGUGCCUCUGGCAUUUGGAGUGAGGACUAUCACCACACCCCGGGGGACUCACCUUGUUAAGGCAUUAGAUGACUUACAUGAUGGGGGUGCUUAUGUGUGCUCUGACCAGAAACGGGUGAAGCCACUAAACCUGGAUGAAGUGAACCGGCGGCAGGUACCUUGGAAUACUACCAGACCGCUCAGUGCAGGGCGACGACGGCGGCGUCAAGGACUCAGAUUUGGUCAGUUUGGCAGCAAGAAUGAAGCCAUCAGGCCAGCAAAGGUCACUGAAAGGGUGGCAGUACGGACACCAAAGAGGCUUAUGGUCAUCAAGAACAGGGAUCCAAGUGUUAAACGCACAAUUGUUUUGCAGAGAAGAACAGCUCCAACAUUUGAUGCAUUGCUGGAUUACUUAUCUCAGAUCCUGCAGUUCCCAGUGCUGAAACUCUACUCUACAGAUGGCAGAAGAGUUGAUGGUCUUGCUGCUCUUAUCUUGUGCUCUGGAGUUGUUGUGGCAGCGGGCAACGAGCCUUUCAGAUUAGCAAACUAUAGUUUUCACAGAACAGGCCAGAUGGCACAGGCCAUGUUCGUGGAAACUGCUGAACCAUCAAUGUUGCAACCUAGAGCACAGAAGAAAAAGUCUUUGUCGAGCGGACGAGGAUCAAGGAACUUCUCCGUGUCAUCAGAGCGAUAUAUUGUGAACCAGAUAAACAAGUCUCAAAAUGGCCACCUGCAUCCCCACAAUGGACUGUUUGAAGCAGAAGCCAAUCAGCAUCACACAUCUAUGGAGAUGUCCGGAACUGGCAGGGAAGAUAACGUGCAUCAAACCUGCAUCGUACCUCACGAUGAUGACAUUGAAAAGUCUUUCCGCGUGAAUCAAGAUGGCAGCAUGACAGUGGAGAUGAAAGUUCGUCUGACCAUUAAGGAGGAGGAGAUGCUCCACUGGACAACCACACUCAGCCGCACCAGCCUUAGCAAGAGGGCAGCUUGUGCCUCAAUUUCUGAGUCAGGCAACCGCUCCCCUGACUCGAACAAUGCCAUUCCCAAAGACUCCUCUAGUAUCAGCGAGGAAGAAACGAAAGAGGAGAACUUUCCCUCCGCAGCUGGAAAAGGUGUCGGCUUUAAUGAUGAGCGAACAUGUGAAGGAUACACUUCAACAGCUACGAGAAAAGCGAAAAAAAGUGUCAAACGCACUCCCACACCUGGUCCUCGACAUGUUAAUAAAAAGGCGUCUAUUGAGAGUGUGAAGAGGGUCACAGAGUCAGGGGUGCAAGAGAGCAUGCUGGGACAUUAUUCCUAUGUGGAAAGGACAGCCGAUGGCGAAACAACGGAGGGAUACUGCCUCGUCAAACACAGCAGCAGCAGCAAUAGACCCAUCCCAAAACCUCGCAAAACAGCAUCCGCAGGAAUGAGCAACAAAUGCACCCCCUCCUCCAUCAGGUCAUCAGGAGUUGCUGAGGUCCUUCAGAUACAGAAUAAUGGGAUGGAGUUUAGAGAGACUGUGAUGCAUAUUUAUGAGACCCAAGACUGCUAUGACAACUAUUUCGCGAAUGAGGAAUAUAGUGUAGAUGGCGUUCCUUUACAUGGCUCCCCUCUGGCACCACAAAGUAAACAGUCGACUGACUCAGGGCCUCAUUCAUCGAGUAAUGAUUGUGAUAUAGAUUGUAGCUGGCAGCCACCCACUGCUGACUCACUGCAAAGGCAGAAAGAGGAGAUGCUAUCACUGUCAUCAGAGCCAGUAUCUCUGACACAUGAGAAUACAAACAAUCUGUCUUCACCGAGUGAAAACGAAACCCAGAGAAACCUUCAAAUUCUAGAGAGAGUAAAACUAGACAACACUCCAAAAAGCACGCCGAAGAAAAAGAUGACUAGGUCUGCCAGGAGUCAGAAGAGUUCAACUUCAACAAGUAACACGGAUAAAAAACCGAAGGAAAGCCUAAUCAGCCCCUCAAAAGAUAGCAAGCAUUCAUCUGCUGACAAGAUAAGCAGUAAGGCCAGUGUGGGAAAAAGGAGUGUGAAUUCUUCUGAAAGUGCUAAAAGUGGUCAAAAGAGUAAAGGAGCAGAAAAGAAAGCAGAAAGUCUCCAAUCUAAGAAAUCCAAUAAAGGUGAAAAAACACCAACAAAGAGCUCAGCCUCAUUAGUUAGAACUGAAAAUUUGAAAAGAGCACCACAGAGACAAAACACAAGCAAAGCAGCUGCUAGCGAUAUUGGCCACAAUGUAAAUACUCCAACUGGAAGGCCUCAAAUGAAAAAGAACAUGUCAGACAUUUUGCAACCCAACAAAUCUCUUACUAAAAAGACAACUAGCAAGCCAAAAUCCAUGCCUGAAAGCGGAAUAUCACCAACAAAACCGCUUGUUUCGAUGCCUUCUCUCGAUCCUUCGCCCUCCGAGAUCCACCAAUAUGUUGAGAACUGGUUGGAGAAAGUCACCCCAGACCAAGUGCCAUAUCCAGAGGAGGUGAUCACAGAGGAAACACAACCUCGAACAAAGGUUAUAUUUCAGAUAGGCGGAGAUUCUGAAUCAGAUGAAAAGAAUGAAUGCCAUACUAAUUUUGAUGAAAAUAACCCAUCCUCCAAUGAUGUUAUAAAGGGAUCAUUAUCUUGUCUAUCAGUUCCUCUUAGCCACCAAGAACUAACAACAGUACAAGGUUUAAGUGUUUCUAUGCCAAAUGUCAGAGCUGACCUUGAACAUCAGGAGAACAGACUGAGGCCACACAAAUCUGCAGAGGCCAUCUGUCCAGCUGGCGAUGAAACAUCUUCAUCAUCUAACUUUUUGAGUCCCAAAGCAAAGAUAAAGCCUGCCCUGCAACAACUCUGUUCAUCCAUUCAGUGCAUCAGAAGAGCCUCUGACACCAACGUGGCAUCCAACCUUGAAAAAUCUAACAGCCUUCCCGAUUUCCCGACACAAGUAGCCUCAGUGUUUGGCUCGUCGUGUAAAGCCUUUCUGUCAUUCUUGUCAGUGAUGACUCUGAGAGAUCACCUCAUAGACUCCACACCACGAGAGGAUAAAAUAUCAAGAACCAAGUCAGAGGCGAUGCUAAUGAUGGAGUCCCUGCAGAAGAUUUCGGCCAUCGAGGACGAGGAAGAGCAGAGAGCAAGUCUGACUGAUUUGCAAAGCAGAGCAUCUUCUCGUUUAAGACAGAGCUGGAAGGAUUUCCAGAUUCUGAGGGAAAGGCUUGAAAGUGAACCCCUUUCUCCCAAAGUGUCAGAAACUGAGUUUGCGCUAGAUGUCGUCUCUGAAGGUGGCGAUGCAUUUGAGGAACAGCAUUCGGGCAUUGAUGAGCUGAUGGAGGAGCUGAGCAUGCCGCAAGACCUCAGGGAACAGAUCGCUUCGACAAUCAGAACUUUUUACCCUGUGGAAGAGAGCCAGUGUGUAGAGACUGAUCGAAACCAGUCAGACUCAGAGGAAGAUUUAGAGCAAUUUGUCCAGGACUGUAACGAUGAAACAAAACAAUCACUUGAGUCUGAUAGUCGAUGUGUAACUGAAGACACUCCUGAUGCAGUUUAUACCCAACAGGGACAAAUAAUAAGCAAGUCAGAGCAGCCUAGUGAAACCCAAGAAUCACAGACAGAAAAAGAAGAGUUAUUAAAAGACAAAGAAAAUGAGACAAAAGAAGAAGAAAGUGGCAAAGAGGAACAAUUAGAGGAGGAAAAAGAGGUAAAGAUCAGGGAAGAUGAAGAUACAAAAGAGACAGAAGCUGAUUGUUACAGGACUGAAAAGGAAGAUAGGGAAAGAGAGGAAGAGGAAGAAGAGGAGCAAGAAGCAAAAUCAGGGGAAGUAAGUAGUGAAGAAUCUAUUGAUAAAGAAGAGGGAGGGGCAUAUGAAGAGGAGGAGACAAAAGAAGAAGAAAGUAGAAAAGAGGAACAACUAGAGGAGAAAAGGGAGGUGAAGAUUAAGGGGGAUGGAGAUACAGAAGAUGAAAGUGAAGGAACUGAAAAGGAAGAUGGAGAAAGGGAGGAAGACAGAGAAGAAGAGCCAGAGCAAUCAGAAUCAGACGAAGAGAGUGGAGAGGGGUCUGUUGAUAAGGAGGAAGCAGGGGUGGAUGAAGACGAGAAAGAGACAGAUGGAGAGGAGGUGAAAAAAGAAGAAGAAAGUAGAGAACAGGAACAACUAGAGGAGAAAAGGGAGGUGAAGAUUAAGGGGGAUGGAGAUACAGAAGAUGAAAGUGAAGGGACUGAAAAGGAAGACGGAGAAAGGGAGGAAGACAGAGAAGAAGAGCCAGAGCAAUCAGAAUCAGAGGAAGAGAGUGGAGAGGGGUCUGUUGAUAAGGAAGAAGCAGGGGUGGAUGAAGAAGAGCAAGAGACAGAUGAAGAGGAAACAACAGAGGAAGCAGAUGAGGUGAACCAGCAAUAUAGAGAUAGAAAAGACACAGAGGCUGAUAGUGAAGGGACUGAAAAAGAAAAUAGGGGAAGAGGGGAAGAUGGAGAAGAAAAGCCAGAGCAAUCAGAAUCAGAGGAAGUGAGCGAUGAGCAAUCUCUUGACAAGAAAGGAGCAGGGGCAGAUGAAGAGGAGGAAGAGAUGACACUGGAUGAAAGAGAGCUGGGGGAUGAAUUAGGAGAAGGAGAGGAAGAAGAGGCUGAUGAGACAGAUGAAGAUUUUAUGAAUGAGGACCCAACUCAGUAUAGUGCUGAAGAAACAGAUGAGAGAGAGGGUGCUGGGGAGACAGAGGAGGAAGAGAAGAUAAAUGAGAAGGUUUACGAGGAAGGUGAGGAAAAAAGCAGUGAUGGAGGGGAAAAUGAGGAGAGGCAUAACGAGGAGAAAGAAGAUGAAGGUGACAAUGUGGAAGAGACACAUAAAGGGGGUGGAGUAGAAAAUGUAACUGUAGAAUUAGAACAGGAGGAGGAAGAAAAUGAAGAGUUACAUCUUGUUACAGGUGAUGUAGAGCAGGAACUACUGGAAGGUACUGAGGUAUCUGACGAUGAGGAAAAGAAAAUUGGGGAUGGUAUUGAGGCAGAUGAGGAAGAGGAGGUGGAAGCAGAAAUAAAUCCAGUUACUGCAACAGAUGCAGAGGAAAGUGUUAGUGAAAAUGCAGAUGAUGACAAGGAAAUGGAAGAAUUUAAUGAACAUAGAAAUGAACUAGAAGCUGAGGAUGAAAAAGAAACACAGCAAAUAGAAGAGGUUAGUGAGGGAAACAAUGAAGAGGAGGAGGAGGAGGUAGAAGAAGAGAGAGAACAAGAUGAAGAACAUGAGGAGGAAGGUAGUGGAGAUUCUGUGGUUAAAAAUACAGAGGAAGAGAGAGCAAGGACAACAACAGACGAGGAAGAGGUAGAUGAACGAAGGAACACGGACACAGAAGAUGAAAAGUAUGAUGAGGCUGAAGACAGGAGGAGAGAGUCGGAGCAAACAGAAAGUAGUCAGGAGGAAGAAUCAGCAGAAGAGAGAGAAUGUGGAGAAGAGUUAGAGAGGGAUGAAAAUCUGACAGCAGGUCAAACUGGAGAUGAAGAGGAGAGGGAGGAUGAUGAAGAGAAGGAGUCACAAGAGAAAUUAGACCAGGAAAAAAAACAAGGCACUGAAUCCCCAAGCAAAUACUCCUCUGAAGGUCAGUGUGCUGAUGACAAAGGUAACGGAACAGACACGGUUACUGAAACAGAUGAAGGAGGAGAGAUGCUUACAGAAAGAAGUGGCAGUUUAUCCCAUCCAGGGGAAAUAUCCCAGGAAUUACUCGACUUUGUGAACUAUGCCCUCCGGUCUUCUUCGCUUGUAUUCAUAUAUGACAAGGAUGGGAACAUUAGGAUAGAGCCUGAUAAUCCUCAGGUUGUAAAAACCAAGCAAAGUAUUCUUCUGAAAAGCAGAAAAGACAGUUCAUACGGCUUAAAAUGCCUGCCAAGCCCGAGCACCUCUGAUUUAUCUGAUUACAGACCAGAAACAUCAGAGAGUGGUGGCUAUAAAACUCAGGAGUCUGUAGAUAUUAUGUCAGAGAGUGGAGGAGAGGCUUCAGAGAAACCUUCUCCAGUCUAUACACAUUCAGCUGUCCAAGCUGAGAGGACAAAUCUGGAACUGGCUAGCUCAAAGUUGUCUGUUGCAAGUAACUCAGGAACCUUUCCUAGUUUCAGUGACUCGGGUACUAAAGCCUCAAGGGAGGAUCUUUCUUACUUCAGUGCAGCAAGCUCAUUAAAAGCAGAUCGUGAAGCCACCACACAGGCUGCACAGUGCAUUUCUUUUGUCUCACAAAACUCAGCUGAUGGGGUUUUGAUUGAUCAAGGCAGAUGGCUCCUAAAGGAGAACCAUCUCAUAAGAAAAUCUCCUCCAGUCUCGCUGGGAAUGUACGGCAAUUUGGACAGCACAUCCGUAGACACAGGUCAGGAGAACACUAGUGACGAUUCCCCGCCCCAUUUCAAAACUCAGCACAGUCCCCUUGCAGCCAUAUCCUCAUCAGAACUCGAGGAGAUGGCGAAGCCUCCAACUCCAAAAUGCAUCUACUACAACCUGCCACACGGUAGCGACUCGGACCCCUUUUUAGACGAUUCAAGUAUUAAAAGCAGUGCUCGAGGCAGGGGUGUCAGGGUGUCACCUACUAUUGACACAUCAAAAACCUGGGCAAAUAAAAAUGGCAGUCAGUCUUCCUUUGCGUCAGUGGAGUUCAGAAUCUCAGACAGAAAAGUUCAUCCCGAGGGCGAGUCAGCGGUUGUGACACAGCCAAGUAGGACAUCUGGUGGCGUAAGCCAUGUACUACAAGCACAAGACUCAAUGGACAAUCUACAUUUGAGAUGUGGCCAAUACUGCCCCAUACUAUGAUAUUUAACAGAAACAGCUGCUAGUAUCGACUGUGUUUGUUGUUUAAUCUCAUGCAACUUGAAAAAUUUGUUGUUUUAUCUGUAAAUAAUUAUGAACCAUGAGAGUUGUGCCUCUUAUUUGCAUUUGAAUACAGAAAAAAGAAAAAAAGUCUAAAUUUACGAUAUUUUUUGGUGCUGAAUAUCAGGUAGUGUUUGAUAGGAUAGCAGAAUGUAAACAAAUAAGACCUAUUUUUCUUCUCCCUCAAAUCUCUUGAACAUCAUAUGGGAAAUGAAAAAAAGACUCAGUCUGUAAUAGAAAGCAGAUUUCAUUGCUUGUAUUAUUUUACUGCUGGUUUGGGUUUGUCCAGAACAUUUAUUUCUAAUAGCUGUUUCAUCUUUUUAGAUUAAAGAACUGAUUUACUUGCAAAAAAUCUAUAAGUUAUAGGUUUCUUACCCAGGCUCGUUUAAUCAGCAGGAUAUAUGCUACUUUAUGAGACAGUGAACUGGACUACUGUAGUACUGGCUUUUUACUUUAGGGUUUGGUUGAGGCCAAAAAUAGAGUACAAAGGAGUGAAACUGAUUGGGUGAACACAAAACUGAUACUGUUGCUUUGGUUCUGUAAUAAUUGAAUGCUUUCUUAUUUUAUCUACAUAUCAGGAUGUGUUAAAGUGGUCAUCAGGAUAACCAAUGAUAGAAAAGUGAACAUUUUCAUUUCUGAGUUUUAACUUUUUUUUAUGUGCCUUCUUUUAACACCCACACUUUGUGUGUGAGUUGAAAUGUUGUAUGUACAGUCAGUAUUUAACUUACAUUGCUAUCUCUAUUAAAGGUGUACUUGUGUUUAAA